AAAUGGUAGAAUUAAGCCGAAUAUGCGAAGGUUUGGAUAAGCCGAAUAUGCUCUCGGCUACGAUUAGGAUUCUUUCUCCUCAAAGAUAGCAAACCAAAAAUCCUGUCUCAACCAAGUACCCAUCCUUUAUACUCCAAAUUCUUCACUGUUAUCAGCAUCUCGAUCAGUUUCACUGCCUUAGUUUACUGUUUCUGAAGAUUUCUUCCGACUACUUGAAUUACGGUUGAAAAGCAUUAAUAUUGUGUGGAACACGUUGAAAUGGCACACGUUCUUUCAACUUCAUGCUGUUUGAAGAUCUCCAGCAAGAAAUCUUACUUCAAGGCAUCAAAUGACAAAUUUACCUCAUUUUCUACGUCAUUUACUUCAAAAAUAUGUAAAUCACCAAUGCUAAGGCUUGUCUGGCAAGAAAAGAGACUCCCAAGAAAGUGUAUUGUCCGAGCAACCACACUUCCAGCCAACCAGGAAGCCCCAGCCACUCAAUCCAGUUCUGUAUAUCUUGAUGCCUCAAGUGGAUUGUCUAAGACACAGCGAGUAAUGGUCAUUGGGGGAGAUGGUUACUGUGGCUGGGCUACUGCUCUCCACCUCUCCAAGAAAGGUUAUGAGGUUGCCAUUGUUGAUAACCUUGUCCGCCGUCUCUUUGAUCAUCAGCUCGGUCUUGACUCAUUGACUCCCAUUUCCUCCAUCCAUAAUCGCAUUCGCUGCUGGAAAUCUAUAACUGGGAAGACUAUUGAACUCUUCAUUGGUGACAUUUGUGACUUUGAGUUCUUAACAGAGACCUUCAAAUCAUUUGAACCUGAUGCUAUUGUCCAUUUUGGUGAGCAACGCUCUGCUCCAUAUUCCAUGAUUGAUCGAUCGAGAGCUGUUUUUACUCAGCACAACAAUGUGAUUGGAACUCUAAACGUGCUUUUUGCUAUUAAGGAGUUUAGAGAAGACUGUCAUUUGGUGAAGCUGGGGACUAUGGGUGAAUAUGGGACUCCCAAUAUCGACAUUGAAGAAGGUUACAUUACUAUUACUCAUAAUGGAAGGACAGAUACGUUGCCUUACCCGAAGCAAGCAAGUUCUUUCUAUCAUCUAAGUAAGGUUCAUGAUUCACACAAUAUAGCUUUUACUUGCAAGGCUUGGGGGAUCAGAGCUACAGAUUUAAAUCAAGGGGUUGUUUAUGGAUUACGGACAGAAGAGACCGCGAUGCAUGAAGAACUGUAUAAUAGGUUUGAUUAUGAUGGAAUUUUUGGGACUGCAUUGAAUCGUUUCUGUGUGCAGGCUGCUGUAGGUCAUCCACUCACUGUAUAUGGCAAAGGUGGUCAGACCCGAGGAUACCUCGACAUAAGAGAUACAGUCCAGUGCAUAGAACUGGCCAUCGCAAAUCCAGCAAAACCAGGAGAGUUUCGCGUCUUCAAUCAAUUUACAGAACAGUUUUCUGUCAAUGAACUUGCUGCUCUUGUUACUAAAGCGGGAGAGAAGCUUGGGUUAGAUGUGCAGACCAUAACUGUGCCAAAUCCAAGGGUAGAGGCAGAGGAACAUUACUACAAUGCCAAGCACACCAAACUCAUAGAGUUGGGCCUAAAACCACACCUUCUAUCAGAUUCUCUUCUUGAUUCAGUGCUCAACUUUGCUAUCAAGUUUAAGGAUCGUGUCGACACCAAACAAAUAAUGCCAAGUGUUUCGUGGAGAAAAAUAGGAGUCAAGCCAAGGACUAUUGCUGCCUAGCCAAGUACUUAAUUUAUAUGUAGCAGCCAUAUCUCGCAGGUUCUACAAACUGAGUUCUAUCUCCCAUCUUUUUGUAGGCAGUAUAUACAUCUUAAUGAAAGCUCCCCAUAUGUAUUAUCUGAGUUUCCUUACUGAGCUUCAGGACGAAUACUAAGUUAUAUUUACUAGUAGAGCAAUACAAGUCAAUAUUUCUUUUU